AUGCGCGUAGGUGCAACAGUAACUGAUAUCUGGAGAUCACUACAUGGUAUUGUCUGUGUACAUAAACCACGUGACAUGUCACUUACGGCGUUGAGAUUACGUCUUAUCAAUGCAAUUUGUGAAGAUGCCAACAAGCGUUGCUUACCAAUAGAAAUACCGGAAAUUGAAAUGCCAGUUGUUGAGCCUCAUCCAAUAUCACAGGCACCUAUUAUUGUUGGCUUACGAAAACAACCAAAUUAUGACUUUCAUCCUCUUGUUGUUGGGAAACCAUUUCGAAAAGAGGAUAUUCAAAUUGAAGAGUUAGAUUAUCAGCAACCUGCAAGUUCUGGUCUAUGCUUGUUUGGCAUUAAUGACGGCCGCGAUAUGUUAGAAAGCUUACGUGAUCGUAUUUGGGUGAACGAAUAUGUUUUGAAAGGUCAACUAGGUCGUGGAACAGUUCAAAAUAAGAUUCGAGGAAAAGUAAAUCGGGAAUGUGACUAUGAGCAUAUUACUCAUCAACACAUGUCAAGAUUUCUAAUGCGAUUACAAGCUCAUUACAAAAAGUUAGCUUUUGAGCUAGCAAAUGUAGAUUUAGAAAGCCAAGAAGCAUUUGAAUUGGCUCGAAAGGGUUUACCAAGGCCUAAAGUUCUUGGUGCACCUGUAAUAUAUUUUAUCAAAUUGAUAUACUUUAAUUUGCCACAUUUUACAAUCAAUUUGCACUGUGUUUGCAAAGACGACAAUUUUUUACAGGAUUUCAUUAAUGAAAUUGCAUUAUCUCUAGGUUCUGUGGCAUCAUGUCGUCAGUUAUUACGAAUACAAUUAGGACCAUUUAAUUGUACGCAUUCAUUACUGGAUAAGCAUUUUACACUGAAAAAUAUUUUAAGAAAUAUGCAACUUUGUGAAAAAAUUAUCAAAUAUGAUGAGAAAACACCAGAUAAAGGGAUUGUAAAAGCUACAGCUCAGUCAUCUGUUGAUGAUAUACUCAAUGAUGAAUUUAUCGAAACGCUUGAUGAUGAAGAGGAAAAUGAAACUAUCGAUGACUGUUUACGAAUUCCAUGGGGUAGAACUUAUGAGUAA